GUGGUGCUGUCAGGCCUCCCUGUUCCCGGUUUUCCUGCGUUCUCUUGUGUUCCCCAUCCCGUGAGUUUUGCCCAUUGGUUCUGCAGCAUGCUGGAUGCUUUCCCGUCGGCGUUUCUCUGGACUAGCUGACACACCGUGUCUGUAAUCGAGCCUCUCAGCGCUGACGGAAAUAGCAGGACUAGCAGGCUAGUUUGAGAAGAGCCUGGAUUGGCUGGAGAUCAGAAGGAAGGAGUUCCAGACGACCUCACCCCUGAGGAGCAGCAGGAGCUGGAGAACAUCCGCCGCCGCAAGCAGGAGCUGCUGGAGGACAUUCAGAGAUUAAAGGAUGAGAUAGCCGAGGUCACCAGUGAGAUCGAGAACCUGGGGUCCACUGAGGAGAGGAAGAAUAUGCAGAGGAAUAAGCAGGUGGCCAUGGGUCGCAAGAAGUUCAACAUGGACCCCAAGAAGGGGAUCCAGUUCCUGAUUGAAAAUGACCUUCUGAAGAACACCAGCGAUGACAUCGCCCAGUUCCUGUAUAAGGGGGAGGGACUGAAUAAAACAGCCAUAGGGGAUUACCUCGGAGAGAGGGAUGAUUUCAACAUCCAGGUUCUGCACGCUUUCGUGGAGCUACACGAGUUCACAGACCUGAACCUGGUCCAAGCUCUCAGGCAGUUUCUGUGGAGCUUCAGGCUGCCGGGCGAGGCGCAGAAAAUCGAUAGAAUGAUGGAGGCGUUCGCUCAGCGCUACUGCCAGUGCAACCCAGGAGUCUUCCAGUCCACCGAUACGUGCUACAUCCUCUCCUUCGCCAUCAUCAUGCUAAACACCAGCCUCCACAACCCCAACGUUAAAGACAAGCCCGCGGUGGAGCGCUUCAUCUCCAUGAACAGAGGAAUCAACGACGGAGGAGACCUGCCUGAGGAGCUGCUCAGGAAUCUGUACGAGAGCAUUAAGAACGAGCCGUUUAAAAUCCCUGAGGAUGACGGGAACGACCUCACCCACACCUUCUUCAACCCCGACCGAGAGGGCUGGCUCCUCAAACUGGGAGGAGGACGCGUCAAAACCUGGAAGAGACGGUGGUUCAUCCUCACAGACAACUGCCUCUACUACUUCGAGUACACUACUGAUAAAGAACCCAGAGGAAUCAUUCCUUUGGAAAACCUGAGCAUCCGAGAAGUGGAGGACAAGAAACCGAACUGUUUCGAGCUGUUUAUCCCGGAUAAUAAGGAUCAGGUGAUAAAGGCGUGUAAGACGGAGGCGGACGGACGGGUGGUGGAGGGGAACCACACCUUCUACCGCAUCUCCGCCCCCACCACCGAGGAGAAGGACGAGUGGAUCAACAGCAUCAAGGCGGCGAUCAGCAGGGAUCCGUUUUACGAGAUGUUGGCAGCGAGGAAGAAGAAGGUUUCCUCCAUGAAGAGGCACUAAACUCCCUCAGGGUGGCGCUGCUGCUGCAGAUUCAGGGCUGUGUGAGAGAGCUCCCUCUAGUGGAGAGGACUGAAGAGCUUUAUAUAGAGGGAGGAUGAGGCUGGUCUCCCCCACCCCCUCCUGGCCCCACCCACAAAUAUAAAACAUAAAUAGGACACGCCCACUCAUCUAACGCACCACGCCUACCCUUAAAAAAAAAGGAGUUUUUAUGCAGAUCUUUACCUUUUACCUACAGCACCAGUCAAAAGUUUGGACACACCUUUUUCUGAUUCAGUGUUUUUCUUUAAUUAAUUUAUUUUCUACAUUGUAGAUUAACAUUAACAAAAGAUUAUAAAAACGGUUAAAGAAGAACUCCGGCUUGAAAUGGAUUUGGGUGUAUUUAUUAAAACGUGAUUAAAAAAAAAAAAAAAGUACUUACCUAUGUUAAAUAGCUCUUCUGAGAUCCAGUAAUUUUGUGCACUUUGACCAAACAGGCUUUAGAAUAGAAUGAGUGAUAUGGGGCAUAUUUUACCCUGCAGAUAAAUCACUUUUUACACCGUUAUUCAGCUCAAAGUAGCUCCACACUUCACUGGUAAAAUCCGGAGAGCUCUGAUAUUUAAAACGAGGAAUUUACAACUUUAAAACUGCACAAGAAGUUUAGUAAAAACCACUGUUUACAUCCCAUCGUGUAGGUAAAUCUUGAUAAAUUAAAGUCAGAAUAAGUUAAGCGUUGAGUAGAUUGCAAAAUUUAAUUUUUGUUCCUUAGAAGUGUAUGAAUUCCAGCUGUUGCUUAAAAAAAAAAUAUCUGGUUACUGUCGAUAUUAGAAUGCAAAAAAAAAGAACAAACUUCUUUAAAAACAUUGCUCAAAAAGUUUUACUAUUCAUAAUAUUCGACGGUUGACUUAUUGUGACUUAAAUUUAAGAUAGCAGCACCUAUAGAUGUACCUACACUAUGUACAGUAGUGUAAAAAGCGUUUUUAAUAAACUUCUUGUUCAGUUUUAAAGCUCUAAAAGCCUUGUUUUAAAUGUCAGAGCUCUCCGGAUUCUACCAAUGAAGUGUGGAGCUACUUAGAGCUGAAUAACGAUGUAAAAAGUGAUUUAUCUGCAGGGUAAAAUAUGCCCCAUAUCACUCAUUCUAUUCUAAAGCCUUGUUGGGCAAAGAGCACAAAAUACUGGAUCUCAGAAAGCUGCAGGAGAGCGGAGGAGAGAUAUUCAACAAAGAUAAGAACUUUUUAUCACGUUUUAAAAGUCCAUUUUAAACCGGAGUUCUCCUUUAAGGGACACAUACAGAAUUAGGUAGUCAACAGUAUAAAAUACCAAGAGUGUGCAGAUCUGUCCUCAAAGAUAGUCUUAUUUAUGCUUAUUUAGAAGAAUUGAAAGUAUAAUUCUAACAUAUUGUUUAUUAUUACAAAUAUUUCAGCAUGUGUUCCUGUAGAGCUUUAAUAUAGUCUUUAAAUAUUAAUUUUACGAUAUAAAAAAAAAUUCAUAAAAAGACAGAAAAGUGUCCAAACUUUUUCCUGGUACUGUAUCUGUACCCUAUUUUCUCCUCAGCUGUAAGUAAAUAAGUAAUUAUCUGAGUGUUUUUAUGCAAGAGACGAUUCCUGCUCUUCUCUCAAAAACCCCAAAGAGUUUUAUCUACCUAAUUCUGGAAUUCUCUCUUCGCGCUAAACCAAAUCACGCUCUCUGGUAAAAACACACACACACACACACACACUCGUAUUAUCAUUAAUCAGCAGGUCUGACAGAAUGUGGGUUACCAAAAAUCAUAAACGAGGCUUCUCCUGGAUUUCAGAAAGGAAAGACUUUGAUAUGUGCGCUUUGAUAUGUACAGGCAAUAAGUGUAUUUUUACAUUUCUAUAUAUUAAAUAUAUAUAUUCUCUGUAUAGUCUUAUUUUCUGUUCUCCUCAAUAAUUUGAUAAAGGCUGUUAUAAUUAUGAUAAUAAUAAUAAUAAUAAACCGCUGCGUUGUUGUUUUCACAAGUAAUGAAAAAGAGACGACGAUGACUUCAGUGCCGGAGUUCAGCUGGACGCUCAGAUUGCACAUUGUUAAAUGGUUAAAAAUCAACGACUGUGUUUACACUGUAUUGACUUACUAAGUUAAGUAAACCUAAGUUAAGUAAAUAAAACUAAUAAUAAAGUUAAAAGAGUGCUGGAUGUUAAUCUACACAGAUUUCUCUGCUGAAAACUGUUUAUUUGGGUGAGUAAAGAGCUUCUUCUGUUUAUCUACAGUAAGUUUAGAUUCCCAAAUUUCUCCAGCACUAAGGCUGGAGCAUUAGCAUUAGCAGCUGACCGUUAGCAGGUAAUGCUAAUGCUGCUCCAAUUAUACAUUCGGAUUGUCUGAUGAUCAGCAUUCAGAGACUUGGUUUGGAUGGGAUUGGCCGAUAAUCGGCAUUAAGUGACUUGAAUUGGGUCGAACUGAUUGACGAUCAGCAUUCAGAGCUUUGGAUUAGAUUGGAUCAGGACAUCCCUAAAGAAGAAUGAAUCAGAAAUGCCUUGUUGAAAGUGGAGCUGGUGAAAAUGUGCCUGUAAACUGUAGUUACAGUAGUGAGAAUUCUCUUUAAUUUACACCAAAAAUUUUAUUUACAGAUAAGCUUUAUGAUUAAAUUCAAUAUUGACAAUCUCUGUUAGUUUUUCCUGCUCUGAGUGCCUGCUUUAGUUCUCUCCCGCUCUCUCGGUUCCCUCGUUAAGGCUCGUUAAGGUUUCUCGUUAAGGCGAGUAUAGCUCCAGUGCACUGGCUGGUCUUUCAGUGAGUCUUAAAUCUGAGCAGUAUAGCUUUAUUUAUCACGGAUGUAAAUACUUAAGUGUAUAGUGAGUAUCUUCCUACGGUUUAUGUAAAUGUUUAUGUAGCAAAUAUAUUAUUAGCUGAGUGCCAUUCUUCUUUCCUUUCUUUAUUAUUUUUAUUAUUUUUUUGUUUUGUUAAAGAAAAAAGUGUAAAUUGUUUGAUUCUACCAUACGAACGGUAGAAAAAUUCAUACUGAAAUAAAAAUUACAAAAUAUAUCGAA